AUGGGACUGCUCACCAUUAUUCGAAAAAAUCGCAGAAAAGAGAGGCAGAUGAGAAUUCUAUUCUUGGGACUAGAUAAUGCCGGGAAAACGACCAUAUUGAAGAAGCUUAACAAUGAGGAUGUAUACUCGGUCAGCCCUACGCUGGGCUUCAACAUCAAGACGUUCGUUCAUGGCAAAAACUACUUUGAGCAAACAGAUGCGCUGGUGUGGGUCGUAGACUCGAGUGAUAGGAUGAGGAUGGGCGACUGUAAGAAAGAGUUGCACGACUUGCUACAGGAAGAGAGACUUUCCGGCGCCUCUCUUUUGGUCUUUGCAAACAAACACGAUAUUCAAGGCUCCUUGACGGAAGGAGAGAUAAGAGAUGCACUAGAUCUGCGUUCCAUCAAGACUCAUAAUUGGAAGAUAUGUUCGUGUAGCGCGAUUACCGGAGAGAAUCUAUUCGUAGGCUUAGAUUGGGCGGUGACAGAUGUAGCUGGAAGGUUGUACUAUAGCACAGUCGCUUAA